UAGGAGCCCUACCUCCCUGAUGUUGCCGUCACUGCCUUAGUGUUUCCAGCAUAGCCUCAUACUGUAACAAUUUCAUACUGACUUGGGCUGUGGAAAGUAUUACUUCGCUCUGUGAGCACAACAGGGAGCAUCAAACAGUAACUAAGUUCAUUAAUUUAAACCUGUGUGCUUGCCACCACCACGGCCACUGCCUUUCUUAAUAUUUUCCAGAGCGGACUGUAACGCCUCUGCAAUAGAGAAGGGCUUCAAGAAUGAAGACUUCAUCAGUUGCAGUACUGUUGGUCAUGCUACUGGGAGUCAAUGCAGUGCCUUCUAGUCGUCUUGCCUGUUAUAAGAAGAUGCUAACAGAUCGCAACUGCCACAAUGUUGCAGAGGGAAUUCAGCAGAUCAAACCCAUCAGUGCAGACUUUCAAGAUCAUUUCUGGGAUGGAAAAGGAUGUGAAAUUGCUUGCUUCUGCAAUUUUAGUGAAUUGUUUUGCUGCCCAAAGUAA